AUGGCCUCCGACGACCGCAUCGCCCUCCUCCUCUCCUGGGCCUCCUCCAACGCCGCCACCCUCCACCCCUCGGUCCAGAUCUACGACGACCCAACCACCGGCCUCUCCUUCCGCGUCCAUCCCUUCUCACCCUCCCCCAUCCCCCCUUACGAGCCCAUCGUCAGCCUCCCGACGCACCUCUCCCUGUCCUACCUCAACGCCAUCCACCCCGCGCCCGCCUUCCCCAAGUCCUUCCUCGCCAGGGCCCCGCCCCACGUCGUCGGCCGCCUCCUCCUCGUCAAGGAGCUCCUCCGCGGGCCCGAGUCCUUCUGGUACCCGUACAUCCAGGCCCUGCCGCAGCCCGAGGACGUCGACGACUGGGCCCUGCCGCCGCUGUGGCCCGAGGAGGAGGCCGAGCUGCUCGAGGGCACAAACGUCGAGAUCGGCCUGGACAAGAUCCGCGAGGACCUGGGGCGCGAGUUCCGCGACGCGCAGAAGCUGCUGCUCGCGUCCAACGAGGACGCCGAGGACGACUUCAGCAACCUGCUCACCCGCGAGCUGUACCAGUGGGCCUACUGCGUCUUCUCCAGCCGCUCCUUCAGGCCGUCCCUCGUGCUGUCGCGGGAGCAGCAGCAGGCUCUCCCGCCGGGGGUGUCCGUCAACGACUUUUCCGUGCUGCUGCCGCUGUUCGACAUUGGGAACCACGACAUGACGGUCCACGUGCGCUGGGACGUCACUGCUCCCGGUGACGCUUCAGCCGGAGGAGGCGAGGCAUCAGCCGUCCAGCUCAAGGUCGGCAGGGAACACAAGCCAGGAGAGCAAAUCUUCAACAACUACAGCCCCAAGACCAACGCCGAGCUGCUCCUGGGCUACGGCUUCAUGCUCCCCAUCACGGAGUCCCUGCACAACGACUACAUCCACCCGGGAAGCACCUCGCCCGACGAAUACCUCAUCUCCCUCCGCCCCAUCUCCCACCCGUCCUCCCUCCUCGCCGCCUCCAAGCAGACGCUCGCCGUCUUCCCGCCGGGCCUCCUCGGCGCCUUCACGCACGUCCAGCACGACAUGGUCUGGGACAUCUUCCUCACCCUGCUGCAGCACUCGUCCGUGCCGCUCAUCAAGCUCAUCCCGCUCGACAAGAACACCUUUCCGUCCGAGGAGGAGGCCGUGCGGCAGCGCCAGGAAAAGUUCUUUUCCGGACGGGUCAACGACGAGUGCCGCGAUUUCCUGGAGCAGACGGUCGCCAUUAUCCAGCACAAGGUCCUGCAGGAGCUGGAGCGGCUCAACGAGACGGACAUGGAGGUCGUGGGCGAGGACGCGGCGCUGCUCUCGCCGAAUCAGCGGCUUGCGCUCGAGUACAGGGAGAGGUGUAGGAUGGUGUUGGAGAAUACACUUACGGCGAUGGGGGAGGACGAGUUCAUGCAGGAUGAUGAUGAUGAGGGGAGCGAUACGGUGUGA